AUGGCUAAGAUUUCUAUUCCAAAGAAUAGAGAUGUUCUUCUUAAACGUAUUGGGAUACUUUGUAUCACUUUAGGUGCUCUAUACUGGAUUCUAACAGGUUUGACCGGUUCUGGUUCUUCUGAUGUUAGACCUGUAGGACAUCAUGAACAAUAUAUCUUAUCUGGUAAAGAUGGUUAUAAAUAUAGAAAAGUUUCAUAUGAACCAUAUUCUGGUCCAAAGGAAAAAGCUACUUUUGUUACUUUAGCACGUAACAAAGAUUUGUAUUCAUUACUUGAAUCUAUCAAAUCUGUUGAAGAUCGUUUCAAUUCUAAAUUUCAAUACGAUUGGGUUUUCUUAAAUGAUGAAGAAUUCACUGAAGAAUUUAAAAAUGUCACUACUGCCAUGAUUAGUGGUACCACCAAAUAUGGUUUAGUACCAAAGGAACAUUGGUCCUUCCCAUCAUGGAUUGAUCAGGAUAAAGCUGCUGAAGUGAGAAAAGAAAUGCAUGAAAAGAAGAUUAUUUAUGGUGAUUCCAUCUCUUAUAGACAUAUGUGUCGUUUUGAAUCUGGUUUCUUCUACAGACAUCCAUUAUUGGCUGAUUACGAUUGGUACUGGAGAGUUGAACCAGAUAUCAAAUUACAUUGUGAUAUCAAUUAUGAUGUAUUUAAAUUCAUGGCUGAUAAUAAUAAGAAAUAUGCUUUCACCAUUUCCAUUAAAGAAUAUGAAGCUACAAUUCCAACUCUAUGGCAAACCACUCGUGAAUUCAUUGCAUUGCAUCCUGAAUAUCUUCCAGAAAAUAAUAUGAUGGAUUUUGUCAGUGAUGAUAAUGGUCAAUCAUACAAUUUAUGUCAUUUCUGGUCUAAUUUCGAAAUUGCAUCUUUAGAUUUAUGGAGAGGCGAUGCAUACAGUGCAUACUUUGAAUACUUGGAUAAAGCAGGUGGGUUUUUCUACGAAAGAUGGGGUGAUGCCCCUGUUCAUUCCAUUGCUGCUUCUUUGUUUUUGGAACGUGAUCAAAUCCAUCAUUUCGGUGAUUUAGGGUAUUAUCAUGUUCCAUUCCAUCAAUGUCCAAUCGAUGAUGAAGUCAGAUUAGACAACAGAUGUGAUUGUAAUCCAUCUAAGGAUUUCACAUGGAACUCAUACUCGUGUGGUUCCAAGUUUUACGCAGUAAACAAAUUACCAAGACCUGAAGGAUGGCAAGAACAUGCUCAUUAA